AGUGAAAAUCUAGAAUGGAGGCUAGGGUUUUACAUUCCCUAAAUUGGUCAUAAAGGCAUCUUUAUGUGGAGAAGGUUUCUCUCUUCUCCAAGGGUUUUAAAGGAUUGCUUAAAGGCAGAUUAUUUUAUUUUGCAACUAUCUAGCGUUGGAUUGUUGGACUAACCAUUUUCUAUACACCAGGUCACAGCAAAACCUUGUCCCAAAGUUGGAAUCCAACGGCAAAAUCUUCCACCCCACAGCUCACUUAUUCCUUUUGAUUCCACUUAGUUUUGUUAGGGUUUUUCUCCAUUAUUUCCAUUGUCCUCCCUCUCUCCUCCCUCCCUCUUCCAGACUCCAUUCCCAAUUCCUCGACUUCCAUUUACGUUCCCUCUCUCAAGCAGAAAUGACAGUGAAGAAUGAGAAUAUUGACAAGGAUAAGUUGCUGGAGCAGUUUCUGAAAAUUGGAUUGGAUGAGCGCACUGCACGAAACACCGUAGCCAACAACAAGGUCACUGCCAAUCUCAAUGCCGUUAUUCACGAGGCUGGCGUGCUUGAUGGAUGCGAUAGGGCUGUUGGAAAUCUCUUGUAUACUGUUGCGACAAAGUAUCCAACAAAUGCUCUCGUUCAUCGACCAAUAUUGCUGCACUAUAUUACUUCAAAUAAGGUAAAGAUGCCGGCUCAAUUGGAAGCGGCAUUUUCAUUUUUUUCUGCUGCUGGCCAAGAAGAUAUUAAAUUAAAUGAAUUUGAAAAUGCAUGUGGUGUUGGUGUAGAAGUUUCCGUUGAAGAAAUUAAGCAGACUGUUAAUGAGGUUUUUGAAGAGCAUAAAAAGGAAAUUCUGGAGCAACGUUAUCGGACAAAUGUGGGUGACUUGUUUGGGCAGGUACGGAAGAAGCAUCCUUGGGCUGAUCCAAAGAUUGUCAAGCAAUUUAUUGAUUACAAAUUAUUUGAAUUACUCGGUGAAAGGACUGCAGCAGAUAAUGAAAAAAUAGCGAAAAAGAAAAAAGAGAAGCCUGCUAAAUUGGAGGACAAACCUGCUGCUAUUGUUUCACCGGAACAACCUCCAUCUGAGGAAGAUUUUAACCCAUAUUUAAUAUUCCCUCAGCCAGAGGAUAAUUAUAAGGUUCAUACUGAAGUAUUUUUCAGUAAUGGAACUAUCCUAAGAUGUUGCAACACCAAGGAGCUGCUUGAAAAGCACCUAAAAGUAACGGGGGGAAGAGUUUUGACUCGCUUUCCUCCUGAACCAAAUGGUUAUCUCCAUAUUGGUCAUGCCAAGGCGAUGUUUGUGGAUUUUGGCCUUGCAAAAGAGCGAGGUGGAGGCUGUUAUUUGAGGUAUGAUGACACAAAUCCGGAAGCUGAGAAGGAGGAGUAUAUUGAUCAUAUAGAAGAAAUUGUCAAGUGGAUGGGCUGGGAGCCUUUCAAGAUUACUUAUGCUAGUGAUUACUUCCAAGAUCUGUAUGAAUUAGCUGUGGAGCUCAUACGUAAGGGCCAUGCUUAUGUUGAUCACCAGACUCCCGACGAAAUAAAAGAAUAUAGAGAGAAAAAGAUGAAUAGUCCCUGGAGGGAUAGGCCUGUAGCUGAGUCAUUGAAAUUGUUCGACGAAAUGAAGCAAGGUCUGAUUGAGGAAGGCAAGGCGACUCUUAGAAUGAAGCAAGACAUGCAGAGUGAUAAUUUUAAUAUGUAUGACCUUAUUGCAUAUCGUAUUAAGUUUACACCUCAUCCACAUGCCGGAGACAAGUGGUGUAUUUAUCCAAGUUAUGAUUAUGCACACUGCACUGUGGACUCUCUUGAAAAUAUAACACAUUCGCUCUGCACCUUGGAAUUUGAAACACGUCGUGCUUCGUACUACUGGUUAUUGCAUGCACUGGACCUUUACCAACCAUAUGUGUGGGAAUAUUCUCGCCUCAAUGUUUCAAAUAAUGUGUUGUCUAAGCGUAAGUUAAAUCGACUGGUGACCGAAAAAUGGGUUGAUGGUUGGGAUGAUCCUCGCCUACUGACACUUGCUGGUCUUAGGCGCAGAGGUGUUACAUCAACAGCCAUUAAUGCUUUUGUUCGAGGAAUUGGAAUUACUAGAAGUGACUGUUCUUUGAUUCGCUUUGAUCGUCUUGAAUAUCACAUUAGAGAAGAGCUAAAUAAAACAGCUGCACGAGCAAUGGUUGUCUUGCAGCCGCUUAAGAUUGUUAUUACAAACUUAGAAAAUGGAUCAAUAUUGGAUCUUGAUGCCAAGAAAUGGCCUGAAGCUCAAGCAGAUGAGGCAUCGGCCUUUUAUAAGGUUCCAUUUUCCAAUAUUGUGUACAUAGAACAAUCAGAUUUCCGGUUGAAAGAUUCCAAAGAUUACUAUGGCCUUGCACCUGGAAAGUCUGUCCUCCUGAGGUAUGCAUAUCCUAUUAAAUGCACGGAUGUUAUCCUUGCGGACGACAAUGAAACAGUACUUGAGAUUCGAGCAGAAUACGAUGCUUCCAAGAAAUCAAAGCCAAAGGGAGUCCUCCAUUGGGUUGCACAACCUUCUCCUGAAGUUAAUCCUCUCAGUGUGGAAGUUAGAUUGUUUGACAAGCUAUUCCUUUCUGAGAACCCUGCUGAACUUGAUGAUUGGCUUGCUGAUUUGAACCCACAUUCUAAAGUAGUCAUCCCAAGCGCAUAUGCUGUACCAGGACUUAGGAAUGCUGUUGUUGGGGACACAUUCCAAUUUGAAAGGCUCGGGUAUUUUGCAGUUGAUAAAGACUCGACUCCGGAGAAACUCGUAUUCAACCGGACCGUCACCCUUCGAGAUAGCUAUAAGAGCAAGUAAGUUGAAAAGGAAAAAAAUGCCAUGGAUGGGGAAAAAAAGGUGUCAGCUGGUAAAAUUUUCACUUUAAAAUUGUAUUCAGCUUUGUGUACACACAGAUACGUAUGAUUAUGAAUAACAUGACCGUGUUUGAUUUACACACGAGAAUGUUAUCAGAUUUUUGUAUAAA